AUGGUGAAAAAGAAUUCCUGGAAUUGGUGGAGUGAGAAGAGUGGGCCCCCUCUGGGGGUGGAGGUUGAAGCUUAUCGAAAGGAAGUGAACGGCUUAGAAGAAGCUGUCCAUGAAAUGGAGAAGGAAAAUAUCUACCUCAUCAAUAAACUGUUUGAGCGGAGAUUGCAAUUUCUUAAAGUACCCAGGAAGCUGUUUCUUACCCAAGGAGCUGGCUUGCAGUUUCCUGGAGAAAGCAUGGAUCAAGAAGAAGCAGAGGAAGAAGGGACGUCGGCAACGGAGCUAGUUAUUUCUGUGGAUCCACAGUCAAGCGAGGAAAGAAGGGAAUUGGAGAAGGAGUCGUUGGAUGACUUUGAGGUGGUUUAUUUGGAGGGAAUGUCAGAGAGUCAGUUUCUACCUCCUCUGCUGUAUGAAGAUACAAAUGAUUUCAAGGAAUAUAAGGAGCUGGGUCCUCUGGAUGUGAAAUUAAUGUGUGCCGUGGGGCAGCAGAUGCCAAUUCAUGAAGACAACAAAGAAAUGCCCAGCAAAGCUCAGUUGGAAGAGAGGUACGACCCAAACAAAACUGCGCAGCACAUCACCUACCGUAUGAUCAAAUCUGUAUUUCCAUAAAAGA